CUUGCCGCGUCUACUUCACUUUGCAGAUUUGCUCUGCCGCGUGCUGAUCCUCUUCUUUUGCCAUGAGCAGAGCCACGCACAGGAAGUUUUUUGGCCAAGCUGCGUUGCACAUAUCAGGGCAUUGGUGUCGGAAGCAAUUGCUGGCAAAUGCAAUGUUGUUUGCAUUGCGAAGGACGUUAGAAAUCCACAACCCUCUGAUGAAGAAAUUCAAAUGGCGGAUUUUGUUUUUUACCGUACAUUUGAUGUUGGGAAAUGUAAAGUUGUGGACAAGGUGGAUGAAAAGAUUGCUGGGAUUGAAGUUAAAUUUCUAUUCAACAAAGUGGAUUCUUGGAAAUCAGUAGGUUUUCUGAAAAUUGAUUCAAAUGACAAAGAAGUUUGUGGAAAUGAUGUAGAAAAUCUGUCAUUGAAACCACCCAAAUCAAAUGAAUAUGGAGAACACAAAAAUCUUACAACUGAUAACUCUAUCAAUAAUUUUCCAAGGCAGAAUGAACAUUGGAAUGCUUCAUUAAGUAAACAAAAAUCUCCACUUGAAGAGAAGAAAGGCUUGGAAGUGGCAUUGGUUAAGCAUAUUCCAGCACUGGGAGAAAAACCCCCUUCUAAUGCGGGUUUUAAUUCGUGUGGAGUAGGUAAAAUUAGUGAGAGGCAGGACAUGGUUUCAGGUGAUGAAAAGGGAAGUGAAGAUAUUAAGGUUCUAAUGGCUAAACGAGAAGUGUCGGUCCAACUAAACAACCUUGACAAUAAGAUUGGAUCAAGAUCCAAACCUGAGUUUGAUGAAAGGCAAAGCAAAGCUGGGAAACCUCGUACUUCAGUUGAAGCAAGUGGAAAAAUGAAAUCCAAAGAUGAUCCUAGUGAAUUGGACAAUAGGCUUCUUAAGAAAGCGAAGCUUGAAGGUGCUGUUAAAGUAUUAGACCACAAAGGAAAGAACAUUGUGCAGAAUUUGGGCAAUAUUUUUGAAACCAAGGGUGGAAAGGUUGUAGGCUUUGAUGUUGUUCCUCGAGAUAAAUCUAAACUAGCAAAGGAUCCUCAUGAGACCUUGAAAGGUCCUUCUAAGAAGCCAAAGUUAGAUGAUGACGUUGCUAUGCUUGGCGAUGGCAAGUUGCCUAAAGCAUCUCUUAGACAACAUCCAAAUGAGGAGAGUAAACUUGUUCAAGUAUCGGAAGGAAAUCGGAGGCCAAAUGUUGAUAGAAGCAAAUGGUUUAUAGGACUUCCUUGGGAAGAGAGGAUGCGAGCUGCGGAUGAGCAAGGGAGACUUGUUUUGCUUCAAAAUUUGGAUCCGACUUACACAUCUGAUGAAGUUGAGGAAAUAAUCUGGUGUGGUUUUAAUGAAACUUGCACGGCGAAGAUGAUUCAACAAACGUUAUUUUCCAAUCCUCAUUAUGGUCAAGCAUUGGUUAUAUUCAAAACAAUAGAAGCUGCAGAGAAGGUGGUUACGAAAUUGCAUGAAGGAUGUUUGCUGCUCUCAAAUGGGAGGAGUGGAAUCGACAAAAUAGUUUUGCCGAAGGAGGGCAAUGAAGUGGUGUUGACAAAAUACUUUUGGUAUAAUAACUUUUCUGAAGGCUUUUUAUGGUAGCUAGGUACUUGGAUC